AUGAGAUUUGGUGAACAACUUAACAGAUCGCUUAUUCGCGAGUACAGUUACUACUACAUAUCCUAUGAAGAUUUGAAGAACGAGUUGGAAGAAAAUCUGAGCUCGAGUCACGGCCAUUGGACCGAGGAGCUUGAGACGCAGUUUUUAGAAUCGCUGGAAGUCGAAUUGGACAAAGUUUACACCUUUUGCAAGGUCAAACACAACGAAGUGACCAGACGUGUGAAAGAAGCGCAUGAACAAGUUCAAAUGACCGUGCGUGCUUUGGAUUCGAAUACUCCGCCAUCCGACUUGGAUUUUGAGAUUCUGGAAGACGAAUUGUCCGAUAUUAUCGCCGAUGUGCACGAUUUGGCCAAAUUCUCGCGGCUGAACUACACGGGUUUCCAAAAAAUUAUCAAGAAGCAUGACAAGAAGACCAAAUUUACCUUGAAGCCAAUUUUCCAGGUGAGACUUGACUCCAAGCCAUUUUUCAAAGAAAAUUACGACGAGCUCGUUGUCAAAAUAUCUCAACUUUACGACGUGGUCAGAACGCGUGGUAAUCCAGUUAGAGGCGAUUCCGCGGCUGGUGGGAAGCAACAAAACUUCGUGAGACAGACUACCAAAUACUGGGUUCAUCCCGACAAUGUCACGGAGUUGAAACUAAUCAUUUUGAAACACCUUCCUGUACUUGUGUUUAACACCAACAAAGAAUUCGAGAAAGAGGACUCCGCAAUCACGUCUAUCUACUACGACAACGAGGAUUUGGACCUCUACUACGGUCGUCUACGCAAAGACGAAGGUGCAGAAGCGCACAGACUGAGAUGGUACGGUGGUAUGAAUUCUGACACCAUUUUCGUCGAGAGAAAGACCCAUAGAGAGGAUUGGACUGGUGAAAAAUCCGUCAAGGCCAGAUUUGCUCUGAAGGAACGCUAUGUGAACGAUUUCUUGAAGGGGAAAUAUACGGUUGAAAAAGCGUUCGCCAAGAUGCGUAAAGAUGGUAAGAAGUCUAUGAAGGAAAUCGAGAACUUGGAAGCUCUGGCCACGGAAAUUCAGUAUACGAUGCUCAAAAAGAAGCUAAGACCUGUCGCGAGAUCCUUUUACAACCGAACCGCUUUCCAGCUUCCUGGCGAUGCUCGUGUCCGUAUUUCGUUAGACACCGAAUUAAGCAUGGUCAGAGAGGACAAUUUCGACGGCAACGAUAGAACCAAGGGCAAUUGGAGACGUAUGGAUAUCGGCGUAGACUGGCCCUUCAAGCAGUUGAAAGAGUCUGAAAUCUGUAGAUUUCCUUACGCAGUUUUAGAGGUCAAACUACAGACACAGCUAGGUCAAGAGCCUCCCGAAUGGGUCCGCGAACUUGUAGGGUCACACUUAGUUGAGCCAGUACCCAAGUUCUCGAAAUUCAUUCACGGUGUCGCCACAUUGCUCAACGACAAAGUUGACUCCAUACCCUUCUGGCUACCGCAGAUGGCUGUGGACAUCAGGAAGCCCGUCAUAUCAUCCCAAAUCAAUAUAAACCGUCCUGGAAGAUCUGAAAAUGACAGUGAGGAUGAUUUCUUUUCGGGUGGCUCUAAUCCCUCUGGCAAUUUGCUUGAUACGGAAGAGCGCGUUGGCUAUGGUGCCAUCGAGGACGUCAAUGAACAGCCCGCCGGUGCUCCCGCCCUUGCGCCGGGCCAGUCAGGCGCCGCUGUCGCAUUUCAGCGCAGAGCGAACACUGCAUCAAACCCAGUGGCCAAAAAGUGGUACGAAUUUUUGGCCUUUUGGAAUCACUACCUCUAUGGGGACCAGAUUACAAAAGUGGCUCCGGGUACCGUUUUCGACACGACUGUGAGAGCGCCUCCAGGAAAGACCAUUUGUGUUCCUGUGAGGGUCGAACCAAAGGUCUAUUUUGCGACCGAAAGAACGUUCUUAUCGUGGCUCUCGAUCGCUCUCAUCCUCAACGCUGUAGCCAUUUCCAUGCUGACCUACGGAACUGCCACAACCAUGGUUGCCUCUGUUGGUUUUUUCCUCACUGCACUCGUAACGAUUCUCUACAGUGCAUACGUUUAUCGCGACAGAGUCGUCAAUAUAAGACUUAAAAACGCUGUUGAUUACGAGAACAAAUAUGGGCCUCCAAUGAUUUGCGUUUUACUCGUUCUUUCGACUGUAUUCAGUUUUUACUGCAGUUAUCAAAAGGUUUCUGCUUAA